AUGGAGCAAGCAAAGAAUGAUUAUUAUGCCCGAAAGGCAACAUUUUAUAACAUCAUUAUUGAAAGCUUAACAGUUCCACGGUUUCAAUGUGAGUUGUACUAUGGAUUAUUAGAUGUAUCGUUUGUAAACUCCACUGUGGAAGAGUUGCCUAAGCAGUUGUUCGACUCAUUUAAUGGUAUACAGAUUGCAAAUCUCACUCGCAGCGGUAUCAAAUAUGUGAAUCGUUACAGUCUCGAAAGGGCCCAAUCGCUGCAAGUGCUAGAUGUAUCGUGGAAUGCAUUGAGCGAGCUGACCGCGAAUUGUUUUUCCGGAGCAACUGCUCUAACCAAACUCGUUUUAUCAUACAAUAAUAUAAGCUCUAUUGAUAAUAUGGCCUUCAUUUCGCUGAUAAAUUUGAGGAUUCUUCUGUUGACUGGAAAUAAACUUCGCUCAUUGGACAACAAAGUUUUUGCCUCGCUCAAUGCAUUACAAACCAUUUAUCUAGACUUCAAUGAGCUUCAAGUGAUAGAACGCGAUCUCUUCUCCAACAAUGAUCAUCUUCAAAACAUUCUUCUCAAAAACAAUCACAUCAGCGUGGUCGAGGAAGGGGCAUUUCCUGUCAAGCCGGACACAGUUGAGGUUAGUGCUGAGUCAGGUCAGUCCAGAUCAGGUCUGAGUAUUCUUUCAUUAAGCAACAAUAACCUGACAAAACUCAAUCUGAGCGCAGUAGAAGUGAAGAAAGUGUACCUGGCAAACAACAAGCUCGAGGAAAUCUAUCUCUCACCCUCGAUAGAAUUAGUUUCCGCAGGGAACAACAGAAUCGCAAGCAUUUUAAUGGACAACUCAUCGAGCAUGAGCCUCACGACACUCGAUUUGAACAAUAAUUCCAUCACAUCCUUUGAAUCGAUUGCACAUUUAACAUCGCUCGUGAACCUCUUUCUAUCCAACAACCGGAUCGGCCCAUUGAACCUCACGAGCUUUGCGAAGUUUACCAAACUCGAACAGCUGGGAUUGGAGCGUACGUUCAUCUCCAACCUGCAACACGGUACCUUUGCGCAGCAGGAGUCCCUGAAAUGGUUAGAUCUAAGCUACAAUAAUCUGGAUCGGUUCGAUUUCGACAUUCUCACAUCCUCCAUCGCACUGGAGACGAUCUUUCUCGACGGCAACCGUCUAAAGUCGCUCAACUUUCAGUACCUCAAAAAGACGUUCCCGUCACUCGUGAAGAUUGGGCUGUCCGAUAACAACUGGAACUGCACAUACCUGAUCGAGCUCGUGCGAUAUUGCACCGCACAUUCGAUCGCGCUGUUCAAAUCCCAAUCGUCCGUGCAGAACCAAACGAAUGUGAAGGGCAUCUACUGUUACGACGAUAAGAAUCCUCUUGCCAACUGGAACGUUACCAUGCAGCAGAUGCAGCUACUGCAUCCACAUCUCAACAGUUCCACAGAGGACGGUGCACUGCAGUCGUUGCUGCAGAGCGUGCUGGAAGAUGUGCGUCGUUUCAGCGAUAGCAAUGCAGACGUAGCGAAUCAAACCACCAAGCUCGAUGGCGCAGUGUACGAUCUGACAAGGAAUCAGUUCGCCCUGCAGAAGGAUCUCAACAGCUUGCGGCAGUCGCUGUUCGAGAUACGGUUGGCAUUGAUGUCGAACAGGACGAACGGUAGUGCCGGUGUGGAUAAUAAUGAGUUGCGUCGCAUGAUCGAGACGGCGAACAAUUUAACGCUCGACAAACAGGAACUGAGCGCUAAAACACUCGAGUUCAAGAUCUACGAACAGACGUUCAAGGUGGAUAAAGCGCUGGAGCUUGCCAAGGAGAACAGUGAUAAGAACGCGCUGCUGGCGAAGCGAAUCGAACAGUGGAUUAGCAAUAUUGCUGGUUCCGGUGGCGUUGCUUUACUAGCGCAAGAUAAACAGCAACAGCUUGUACAACAGAGUGCUGCACAUGUAAGCGGAGGCAGCGGUGACCAUGGGCUGAUGAUUGCAAUGUUUGUAAUGUUGUGUCUCAUGAUGGGGGUGAUUGUGUUUGGCUUUUUUAAAUUUCAUCGCCGUUCGACAAACGCCGAACGGAAUCGUUAUACAACCAGAGAGAGUCUGGCCGCAAUGAUCAAUAACGAUAUUUGA